GGAACGCGCACGCUGUGCGUCCUGGGCUCGCUCGGGAUUCUCGCCUGGCGCGGCCGGGGAAAGGUGAACAGUGUGGCCCGCCAUGUUCUUCUCCGCGGCGCUCCGGGCCAGGGCGGCUGGCCUCACCGCCCACUGGCGCAGAAUCUAGGCCUGCCCUGGCCAGAUCAGUUUCGAAGACCCCCGCCCCGAAGGAGGCACCUCGCAUUUCAAGCCUAGUGACCUGGAUGCUGUUAGGUUGCAGCAUACUGGAGAGCUCUGGCUUGCUUCGUGAAGGCUUACGGAGAACUUCCUUAGGGCUGGAAAAGGGUGACCAAUGUUUGAUUUACUGCAGUUGUGCUUUGCAUAUCGGAAAUGCUGGGGAAGACAUGUAAGGAAUUUACAUAAGACAGCUAUGCAAAAUGGAGCUGGAGGAGCUUUAUUUGUGCACAGAGAUACUCCUGAAAAUAACCCUGAUACUCCAUUUGAUUUCACACCAGAAAACUAUAAGAGGAUAGAGGCAAUAGUAAAAAACUAUCCAGAAGGCCAUAAAGCAGCAGCUGUUCUUCCAGUCCUGGAUUUAGCCCAAAGGCAGAAUGGGUGGUUGCCCAUCUCUGCUAUGAACAAGGUUGCAGAAGUUUUACAAGUACCUCCAAUGAGAGUAUAUGAAGUAGCCACUUUUUAUACAAUGUAUAAUCGAAAGCCAGUUGGAAAGUAUCACAUUCAGGUCUGCACUACUACGCCCUGCAUGCUUCGAAACUCUGACAGCAUACUGGAGGCCAUUCAGAAAAAGCUUGGAAUAAAGGUUGGGGAGACGACACCUGACAAACUUUUCACUCUUAUAGAAGUGGAAUGUUUAGGGGCCUGUGUGAACGCACCAAUGGUUCAAAUAAAUGACAAUUACUACGAGGAUUUGACACCUAAGGAUAUUGAAGAAAUUAUUGAUGAGCUCAAGGCUGGCAAAAUCCCAAAACCUGGGCCAAGGAGUGGACGCUUCUCUUGUGAGCCAGCUGGAGGUCUUACCUCUUUGACUGAACCACCCAAGGGACCUGGCUUUGGUGUACAAGCAGGCCUUUAAUUUAUAUUGAACUGUAAAUAUGUCACUAGAGAAAUAAAAUAUGGACUUCCAAUCUACA